AUGUUCACGUCCAAGUCCAACUCGGUGUCGCCGUCGCCGUCCCUGGAGCAGGCCGACUCCGACGCGCUAGAUAUCAGCACCAAAGUGCAGCUCUACGGGGUGCUGUGGAAACGGCCCUUCGGGAGGUCCUCGGCCAAGUGGUCCCGGCGGUUUUUCAUCAUCAAAGAGAGCUUUCUACUUUACUACUCUGAGAGUGAGAAGAAGAGCUUUGAGACCAAUAAGUACUUCAAUAUUCAUCCCAAGGGUGUCAUCCCCCUGGGGGGCUGCCUAGUGGAGGCCAAGGAAGAGCCCAGCAUGCCCUAUGCCAUGAAGAUCUCCCACCAGGACUUCCAUGGGAACAUCCUGCUGGCGGCAGAGUCUGAGUUUGAACAGACGCAGUGGCUGGAGAUGCUGCAGGAGUCUGGGAAGGUGACUUGGAAGAAUGCCCAGCUGGGAGAAGCCAUGAUCAAAAGCCUGGAGGCCCAGGGGCUUCAGUUGGCUAAGGAAAAGCAGGAGUAUUUAGACAAACUGAUGGAAGAGACGGAAGAACUGUGUCUUCAGAGGGAACAGAGAGAGGAGCUGGAGCGCCUUAACCAGGUGCUGGAGGCUGAAAAGCAGCAGUUUGAGGAGGUGGUACAGGAGCUGAGAAUGGAGCAGGAGCAAAUCAAGAGGGAGCUGGAACUGACCGCUCGGUGCCUCAAGGGCGUGGAGCAAGAGAAGAAGGAAUUGAGGCAGCUCACGGAAUCCUUGCAGCAGACGUUGGAGGAGCUCUCCCUAGAGAAAAAGAAAACCCUGGAGAUGCUGGAGGAGAACGAGAACCAGCCGCAGCCGCCCCCGCCCAGCGGCAGCCUGCAGAACAACCUCCGUCAGAUUGAGGAGAAGAUGAGGCAGCUGCUGGAGGAGAAGCUCUUGGCAGAGAAGCGGAUGAAGGAGAAUGAAGCGCGCUCACGGGCCCUGGAGGAGGAGCGGGAGUUUUACUCGAGCCAGUCACAGGCGCUGCAGAACUCACUACAGGAGCUGACAGCGGAGAAGCAGCAGGCCGAGCAGGAGCUCAGGGCUGAGGUGAAGGUCCGCAUGGACCUGGAGAAGCGGCUGCGGGAGGCAGAGGGCGCCUUGCGGAGUCUGGAACAAGGCCUCAACUCCAAGGUGCGGAACAAGGAGAAGGAGGAGAGGAUGCGGGCGGAUGUUAGCCAUCUGAAAAGGUUCUUUGAGGAAUGCAUCCGGAACGCCGAGCUGGAAGCCAAGAUGCCAGUCAUCAUGAAGAACUCGGUGUACAUCCACAAGGCCGCCACGCGCCGCAUCAAGAGCUGCCGCUUCCACCGGCGCCGCUCCAGCACCUCCUGGAAUGACAUGAAGCCUUCCGAGUCCUUCAUGACUUCCCAGCUGGAGGCCAACAACAUCGAGGAGCUGAAGGAAGUGGCCAAGCGCCUCAGUCGGGACCAGCGCUUCCGGGAGUCCAUCUACCACAUCAUGGCGGCCCAGCCUGCCGCCCCUUCUGCGCUCCCUCGUGGCAGCAGCGGCGCUGGAAAGUGA